AUGACCGAGUCUUCCGACCGCGAAAUUGCCCCACUUUCGUCCCAGAAGGCUAGAAAGAGGGCAAAAUACACCCAGAUUGCAUGUAUUGAAUGCAAGCGGCGCAAACUCAAAUGUAGCGGGGGUGCUGUAUGUACACGCUGUGCUCGUGGUGAGAUCCGAUGUAUUUAUCCAACGGAUCGGACGCCAAUUGAAGAGACUGAGUUCAAAGAUGCGAGGGUGGGUAUACGAUUUGAAGCCGUUGAUCGGCAAUUGGAGAGUCUCCGGCGGGAGAUGCGGACUAUGCAUGCCCGCCUCCGAGAAUUCGAAUCUUCUGGUUCUCCUGUGGGAGCGAAUGUGCCGAAGACUUCAACAGCAUGGGAGUUGGAUCGUAUCUUGAAUGCUCCAAAAUCGCCACAAUAUGUUGGCCCAACUAGCGCAGAGUUUGGUUUGCAUGCCUCACAGAAGCGUCCAUCACAAAUAGUGGACCAUGACGAAGAGGAGGGCGAUGACAUUGAAUCAGUCGCAUCAGCAAGAUCCCCACUCUCAAAAAGAAAAGAGAAACCUUGCGCCGAAGACAGAUUCGAUCUGGGGCUUCAGGAUGCCCUGCGGCUGUUGCAGGUUUACGAGGACAAUGUGGGAGUUAUGUACCCCUGUGUGGAUCUGGAAAGCGUUCGUGCGUACGUGCACGAGUAUUAUCGUUCGCAUGCCUCGAUACUCAUUGAGUCAUCGGAAUUGUCCACCCAAACACCCUCAGAUCAGGACUGGUUCUUCGCACGUGAUAUACAGGUGUUGAAGAUCAUUCUAGCCAUUGCAUUGGUGGCCGAGUCUCAUGGCCGUAGUGAAUGUGCAGCUCAACUUGCGAACAGCGUCGAAGAUAUAUUCGCGAGUAGAUUCAAGGUUGCUGAGGUGGACAUGAAAGAGAUUUUGAUUAUGACACUCUUGUCAAUAUUUCAUUCUUACCGAGAUGAUGAAGUUAUAUCGUGGCGUUUAACUCGCAUUGCGACAAGUGCUUGUAUGGAGCUAGGUCUUCACCGCCAAGAAACCUGGCAAAGAACAGGAGGCGUCUUCCCAGGAGAAUUGGCAUGGACAUGGGCAGUGCGACUUUAUUGGUGCAUUUAUGUGCUGGAUCGAAAGUGGUCGUUUGGCAGCGGACUACCCUUUGGAAUUCAAGACACUGAUAUGGACGUGAACCUCCCUGAACCAGACCAAUCUUCUCCCUAUUUGACCUGUAUGAUAUCAUAUGCUCGACUGAGCACCAAGAUCUGGGGAUUGAUCAUGGAAUGGCCGAAACGCUCACGACUAGCCACGUCUGAUAAGUGUGCCCAACUCGAUGCGCAAGUGCAACAAUGGAUCUGGUCUAUUCCCCGCGAACUACGCUUUGACCCAAGCUGGCAGACUGGGGCAGCCAUCGAGCUGGAGCGUUCGGGGCACUCAGACCGAAUCAUGAUGCUCCAGGUUCUGCUUGCCCUCCAGGGAAAUCAAUUACGUAUCUUGGUCUAUCGACAAAAUUUGGUCAGCGCAGAACGAAUCGACGAAGAUGUCACCGGAGCUUCCAUCGCAGUUGAAACAGCGAAGCGGACCAUUCAUAUGCUGGAAUACUUUAGCCAGGUCACUGAUAUUUACUUCCAACGCCCGGAGCCCUUCAAUUACUUCCUAAUUUCUGCAUUGGCUGCGCUCCUCCUCGCCGUUUUGCAUGCACCGAGCCGCUUCAGUAAUGUCUGCAGACAGGAGUUUUACACAGCUACCAAGCUGGUACGUCGCUCUGCAACUCGCGCGCCAACGUCAAGACGGCUCCAGAAGAUCAUCCGUAGCCUGAAUCAAAUCCAACUACAUAAAAAUGGCGUGGAAGACCAGUCAGGUGGAAACCAGGACCGACAGGCAAAAAGAAAACGUCGGAGCAAGACAUCGCCAAGUCGACCUGUCCAUCUAGAAUCGGAAAUCAACCCGGGAUCCUCUCAUCAUUCAUUAGUGAUCGCGCCGGAAUCUUCUAGCAUUCCUGUUCAGCAACCGCAACCGUACGAGGUUCAAGUUCCCUCUACUUCGUGGCAGUUUUCCCCUGGGGCAAUUAUGAACCCUGAAGAAAACAUUUGCCAGAAUUUGAGCAGCUUUUUUGAAGUAGCUGGUGAUCUUUACUUUGGUUCGACCGCGGGUACUGAUUUUCUCGCUGGCGACGUCGAUCCAAACCUGUCCGUCCCGCCUGACGUACUGUCGUCCAGCGCUGCUGAUAUGUUCGAAGCAGACAAUGAGGCGCUAACCCGGGUAAUGGCUGAUCUUCUUUGA